AUGGUUGGACGUGCUAGAGGUCGUGGACGAGGGAACCAAGCCCAACACACAGAGAUGGCUGAGAUGUGGCGUAUGAUGGAAGAGUUGUCGAGAGCGGUGCAAGCCCUCCAACAACAAGAACGCGCGGAUGCCUAUAUGGAGAUUCCGGAACGCAACCGCGAACCCUUAGACAUACCGGAAGGUGGUCGUAAGGAUGACUUUGAAGAAAAGGUAAACCCCUUUCAUGAAGCUGGAGGCCAUGAUGAUGGUGAUAGAGGGGGAUUGGAAGGAGCGGUUCGCUCUGAUUCUCCAGUGGAGAGAAGUUUUGAUUUUGACAAUGUAUAUGGUGAGAAUAAGCAAGAUGAAUCUAGUGUGAUCUUGAAGGUGGUGGAUCAAGAAAAGGUUGGGUCUGAACUUUUGAAGGAACACAAUCCAUACAAGUUUGCAGGCAAGGUGACACAAGAAAGUCUUGAAGGAACCAUUAGAGAUGAGAUGACUUCUUGUGAUACUUCUGAGUAUGUUGAUUUUCUUGGGGUUGAUGCUUUUGAUUUGAAGAUUGCCAAGAACUUCGUUGAUCAUAUCAAUCUAAUGGCUUUUGGAUUGAAGAGUUUCUGGGCUGCGAGGUUGUAUACAGUAGAUAACUUGAAUUGUUCUAGAAGGAUUAAAUAUUCUAAGUAUCUAUUUCUUUGGAGUGGGAAGUUUUCAGCAAAAGGUUGGAAUUCAAGGACGAAUUCUUCACAAUCUGGUGGAAUUGAUGCAAGAAUUUGGAAUUCAUGGAUGAAUUCUUCACAAUCUGGUGGAAUUGAUGCAAGAAAAUAA